AAAAAAAAAAAAAUAAACACACUCAUAAAGCCAAAAACAGUACAAAUCUCUUGACUCACGCAAGAGGAUAAUGGCGCCAGUAUUGCAGAGCUCCCAACCUUGGGUUGAAAAAUAUCGGCCAAAGCAAGUGAAAGAUGUGGCGCACCAAGACGAGGUGGUUCGAGUUCUCACCAACACCCUCGAGACUUCUAAUUGCCCGCAUAUGCUCUUCUACGGCCCACCCGGCACCGGCAAAACCACUACGGCACUCGCCAUCGCCCAUCAACUCUUUGGACCUGAACUCUACAAGUCUAGGGUGUUGGAGCUAAAUGCAAGUGAUGAACGUGGAAUCAAUGUUGUUCGUACAAAGAUCAAAGAUUUUGCUGCUGUUGCUGUAGGAUCUGGUCAGCGUCAGGGGGGUUAUCCUUGUCCACCGUUCAAGAUCAUUAUUCUUGAUGAAGCAGAUUCAAUGACAGAAGAUGCACAGAAUGCCUUGAGACGUACCAUGGAAACUUACUACAAAGUUACAAGAUUCUUUUUCAUAUGUAACUACAUAAGCAGGAUCAUAGAGCCGCUUGCUUCAAGAUGUGCAAAGUUCAGGUUCAAGGCACUUUCGGAAGAAAUAAUGAGCAAUCGUGUAUUGCAUAUUUGUAAUGAAGAAGGUCUUCAUUUAGAUUCAGAGGCUCUUUCAACAUUAAGUUCCAUUUCACAAGGUGAUCUUCGUCGGGCUAUUACAUACUUGCAGGGAGCUGCUCGCUUAUUUGGAUCAACAAUUUCGUCGAAGGACCUACUUAGUGUAUCUGGGGUUAUCCCUCAAGAAGUUGUUGAGGCACUUUAUGCUGCUUGCAAAAGUGGCAACUUCGAUUUGGCAAACAAGGAAGUCAAUAACGUCAUUGCAGAAGGGUUUCCUGUUUCUCAGAUGCUUUCUCAGUUAUUUGAUGUGGUUGUUGAGGCAGAUGAUAUACCAGAUGAACAAAAAGCUAGAAUUUGCAAGAGUUUGGCUGAGGCAGAUAAGCGUCUAGUGGAUGGUGCAGAUGAGUACUUGCAGCUGCUGGAUGUGGCCAGCAACACAAUGCGAGCUUUGUGUAACAUGCCACAAGAAUUCUGUUUUGAAAGUUAGGGGACAACCUAGAUUGGGAUGCAGGGGCUUUUGAAGACAAGUAAAGAUUCAACUUUUUGAAUUGUAAUAUAUUGCAACAAAACGGCUUUUUCAAACUUUUGUGUUAUGCCUGCUAUUCAUCGAAGAUGGGCCCAUCUUUCGAGUCUCAUGUUACUUAGUCUUACAUGGAUCUUGUAUGUCAAGUUUGAUCUCUUUAAUUGAUCUCUAAUCUAAUGCUAAA